CCCACAAAAACGACACAAGUCAGCUGUCUGGACUGGCACAAGUUGCCACAAACAGAAUUGGCAAAAUAUCGCUUUCUACAGUUUUGGGUCUUUUUUUUAAAUCACCCACAACUUUUGAACCGUCUCUGUUUAACUUAUGAUACAACGUGUAAAAUAAACAGCUUCGACGGGAAACUCCUUUGUGUCCUUUUUGCGUUAGCCACCAAUAGCAGGUUAGCUUUUAAACCGGGGGGGAAACGACUGUGCCGAGCCUGUUCGACCAAAAGCUGAAGAGGAAAAGCCAGACCACAAGACCUCCUGGUGGAGAUUCUGACCUCUGCCAUUGGCCACCAUUUUGUCCUCGAAACAUGCCUCCACGUAAAAGACCCUUGGUUCCUGUUCGCAGGCGUCGCAAAGCAUUGGACGACUACUUCCCUUUCAACUUCCUGCCUGUGGAGUGCCAGCUACAUGUGUUGUCUUUUUUGAAUGAGGUGGAUAAAUGUAGUUGUGCUCUGGUUUGCUUGAGCUGGAGUUGCCUUGUUCGUUCAUGGAAGCUGUGGCGAGAUGCUGACUAUUGCCGUUGGGGCGUCUUCCACCUGGGUCAGGAGGGGAAGUUUGUCUCCAAUUGUGAGUUUGAGAGGUGGAAUUCCUGGGUUCACCACUACACCCACCAUCUCAUCUCACGCCGGGCCAGCCUUCUCACACUGAAGGCCCGCUUUGAUUUGGGGGAUCGCUGUAAUGGGUGGGGUGACCUGCUAAGUCACCUUUUGGAUAAUGUCCACUGCAGCAACCUCAGUCACCUAGACCUCAACUGGACCUUUACACUUUUUGAACCUCUGGAUCUCAGGGUGCACUCCUGCGCUAGUUCCCAUCAAGACAGCAUUACUAAAAUGGAUCAGGUGACCAAUUUCCAGGAGCUGUUGACCAAACUCACUCAGAGCUGUCCUCGUAUCACCAAGAUGCGGUUACACUUUGACUGGUCAGAUUUGUCAGUGUCUCUGCUCACCCACUUCCAGCAGCUCAGAGUCCUUGAGCUCAAGUACUUCUGGGUCUUCAAAGGAGUGACUCCAUCCACACUGCAGACCCUAACGACAUCCCUGCCUAACCUAAAAUCUCUGACCUUACACAUCCUGGUGCCGCCGAGGAACGUCGGCAUUUCCUACUCUCUGGAAUCUCUUUCUUUGGAGUUCUUGGACGUGUCACCCAGCAGAGGCCUGGUCUUUUCUUGUCUAAAAUUACCUGCUCUGCGUGAGUUUAGAGCCAAGAAGACUGUCCGCGGCAUCAUAUUGGACAGGCGCACCACGCUGAGGAUCCAGAGUCGAUGGCCCUGCUUGUAUCAUGUCCUUCGGGAAGGGACGCCAAGACUCCAGGCCCUCAACAAUGAGAGACUCCUUCCUACGUGGAGAGAGAAGAGCUACGCGGAACUAUCGGCCAUCCUGGAAGUGUCCUGUUAUUGUGUCCAGCAUCUAGACAGCUUGAUGUGGUAACCAACCAACUCUGUGAAUGUACCGUUAUUGCUCUAUUACUGUUUUCCAUUAGUUUGUCUACUCAGAGGGACACAAAGCAGUCACAUAAGAAGUGACACUUGAUAUGAAAAAGACUCACUUAUUUCUACAUAACGCAAAAUGUAGCUUUACUACUCCACUGUUUGUUCACACACGUCAUAGAUGGUUAAAUAGUGAGUGUAAGGUUUUCUCCAUGCGGGGAAUCAAUCUUAGAUACAGCCAAUUCAAACAAAAAUGACAGAGGAAUCACCCUUCAAAACACAAUAGGAACAGCACUAUCAAGGUAACAAAUGUAAAACCCUUUUUUGUUUGACAAAGAUAUUUACAUUACAGCGGUGGCACGGUGACCGACUGGUUAGAGCAUCUGCCUCACAGUUCUGAGGACCGGUGUUCAAUGCCCGACCCCGCCUGUGUGCAGUUUGCAUGUUCUCCUCGUGCCUGCGUGGGUUUUCUCCGGGCACUCCGGUUUCCUCCCACAUCCCAAAAACAUGCAUGGUCGGUUAAGUGACGACUGCGAUUGGCUGGCAACCAGUUCAGGGUGUACCCCGCCUCCUGCCCGAUGAUAGCUGGGAUAGGCUCCAGCACGCCCGCGACGCUAGUGAGGAGAAGCGGCUCAGAAAAUGGAUGGAUGGAUGGAUGGAUUUACAUGACAGCAGUCACAAAUGUGCACACAAAUUCUGUUUUCAACGACGUCAUAAAGGGGCAACAAAAAAAAUGAAUUAGUAAAAGAGGUAAGAUAUGAGAAUCAAUGAAUUAACGGCAGUAUCAGAAAUCAAUGUAAAUAUGCAAAAGGGCCUCAUGUACAAAAGGUGCGUACGCACAAAAACGUGGUGUAUGUUCUUUUUGAAACAUUGCUGAAGCUGUGUCAAUAUAGAUGUGUGUUUGUUUUGACUUUCCAUUGCUGUCGAGGAGGUGUAAUUUUGGUAAACUACUACAAGUGAGCAAUGAUGUGUUGUUUGCAAAGUUUAGGUUAUUUUUAGAUAAUGAACUGUGGAUGUGACGUUUGUGGAAAAAGUAAUUUUAUCCUUAACACAAUUUUAUUUCAUCCUUCAGAGUAUUCUCAAAUGUCUCCCACAAGCUGAGAAAUACAACCGAUCCUUUUGUAAUUACACACGCUGUUCAGUAGAGGCCCUUAUUGUCAUUCUUUGACCUGUGAACACUUCCUGGAGGUGUUUUUGCACAUUUAUCGAGUAACAUUUGUUCAUUAAACUGGUGGAUUGUGAUCAAUUCAAUGGAUGAUGUCUACAGUAUCUAUUUAAAGUGUUCUUUGCUGCAAAAGAUUUUAACUAUACUUUGAUUGCUUGCUUACAUUCCCUUCAAUAAUGUUACAUGCAUGUAGGCUUCCCUGUGUAUGCAGUUCAGCACAAGUGAU